AUUCAACAUAUGCUUUACUUGCUGGGUAGCUAGCUUUCUUCCCUCCUUCCUUCCUUCCUUCCUUUCCUCAUUUAGUUUUUCGCAUGUCAUUCGCUUGCGAAAUUACAGGAGAGCUUCUGCCAACAAUUGACGGGGAUGUUGUCGUCACUCCAUCGGGACAUGUCUGUGGCAAACGAUUGCUGCUUGCCAAGCUUUCCGAAAACGGCGGAAAGGACCCUUUUGAGAAUAGUCGCGCUCUCACCGAAGAUGAUCUUGUUACAUUGCAGCACUUUAGUCAAAAAUCCAAGCCGAUUUCGAUAAUCCCACCCAACCCCAAGGCUACUUCGAUGCCUGGUUUGUUGACAGCCUUGCAGAGGGAAUACGACUCUCUCGCUUUGGAACUCUUCGACACGCGCAAGGCUUUAGAAGAAACUCGGCAAGAGCUGUCACAAGCCUUGUAUCAAAAUGACGCUGCUGUCCGAGUUGUGGCUCGAAUGGGGAUGGAACGCGAUGCCGCGCGCCAAGCGCUUCAGGACUACCAAGCCGGUGCGAACAGCAAGGCACCCGUGCCCGACCCAGACGAAGACAAUUCCAACAAAAAACGCAAAAUCGAGGAAGCCACUUCAAACAAUGUGUUGAAGGAGGCCGAUGGCGACGCCACAGUUCCCUUUACCAACGAAUUACCAGGCGAAGACUUGAAAAUAAUGAUAGCAUCGUGGGAAGUUCUGAAACAAACGCGUAAGGCGAGUCAAAAGGCAGCCGCCGCAAAGGCUCCAUCUUCUGAAGCCGUGGCAUCGUAUGCCCUCUCGUCGCUCCAGUCCUGGCACAAGUCAUCCUGUCGAGGGAUUACUGCCAUGGCUGGUGCCAAAGCUGGGCUGCCCUUUCUAGUUACAACGGGUAAGGACAAGCAAAUUGUCGUCUACGAUUGGGAUGCGGACAAGGUUCUACACACAGUAUCCAGUGGUUCUAAACCAGCGCUGUCGGUCGAUAUCAACGAAGCCUACGUAGUGGCUGGACUCGCAACGGGAAAGGUCGAGUUGUUUGCAUUAGAAGGGGGUGCUGAUGUUGGUUCCUUCUCUGUGAGUAACACUCCAAUCGUUGACGUCCGCAUUCAUCCCGACGGGCAGCAUUUGUUGACGGCGUCAGAAAGCGGCCGCGUUACAAUCAGUCGAUUCGACAGGACGCAGGGUAUAACCCCGAUUAGCGUGUUUCAUCCCGAGCACGAAGAGAAAUACGUUUGUGGGGUACUACAUCCAGACGGUUUGAUUUACGUCGCCGGUUCGGCUUUCGGGGAGCUGUUACUGUGGGAUUUAAAAUCACAAAGUUUAGCGAGUACGCUCAAACACGACGCCAACGACGACCCCGGUAUCACUAGAAGCGAGGAGAAUGAUGCCGUUACUAAUCUAGCCUUUUCUAGCAACGGCUAUCACAUUGCGUCAUCGUACGCGUCCGGGAAGGUGGUCGUAUGGGAUUUGCGUAAGCUGAAGGCCCUAGCGACCUUGAACACAGAAGGAGAUGACAUAUUGGGAACAGUUCAUGCCAUUAGUUUUGAUCCAAGCGGGAAGUAUCUAGCUUUCGGAGGACCCGGCAGCGUCCGCAUUUCGACCGUCAAGGAAUGGAAGAUUACGGCCUCUUUUGACGUCUCUCUAGCGUCGUGCCUCGUCUGGGGAGACAAUUGGUUGGCCGUGUCGAGCGAAAAGAAACGCGAGAUAGGAUUUUUCGGAAUCAAAACAGACGUGGAAAUUGAAUAA